UUCAGAAAGUGUGAUGGAAGUCGACGAGAAGUCUUUUGAGCAAUGUACCAGACCUCCUAAUGCUAAAGUUUUGAAUACCGGACACGAUGAGAUACCCUUGAAGACACCAGGAGAUAAAUUUUUUACCAGUAGCUGUCCAUGGACUUGCAAGGCCGGUAUGAAGUUUAAAAUCACAGUUCUUAAGCCUAUUAGCUGGAAUGAAACUCCAGUCAAAUCUCAGGCUAACCCUGCUGCUACUUCACCCGAAGUGUUUGUUGUCGGAGACGAUAAAGGUUGGUGCGAAAGCGUUGACUACAUGGCUUGGACCGAAGGGAAAGAAUUUGAUAUUGGAGACAAACUUGUGUUCAAAUAUCCAAAAGGAAAGCACAAUGUAUUUAAAGUAGGCGAACAGGCGUGGAACGAAUGUAUAAUACCUCCCGAGAACGAGGCUCUGGCUACCGGAAACGAUGAGGUGACCUUAGACACGGCUGGAGGAGUUGGGUUUAUUUCUGGUGUUGGACAAGAUUGUAAGAAUGGGAUGAGGCUUUUGGUCAAUGUCAUAUGCCCAUAUGCAAAACCCAAACAACCAGCACCUAAUACAUCCGUUUCAGCCAAGGUGUUUACCGUUGGUGAUGACAAAGGUUGGACCCUCAACUUUGAUUAUCAAGCAUGGGCCUAUGGCAAAGAAUUCGUGGUCGGUGACCAACUUGUUUUCAAGUACCCAAUGGGAAAACACAACGUAUUUAGAGUAGAUGCAACUAAAUUUCAGCAAUGUACUAUCCCUCCUACUAAUGAAGCUCUAACUAGCGGAUACGACGUCGUCACCUUAACAACCCCAGGGAGGAAAUGGUAUAUUUGCGGUGUUGGAAAGCACUGUGAGAUGGGUUUGAAGCUUUUCAUCAAUGUACUUCCUCAACCAGUGUCCCCAACUCCUUCCGUUACUCCUCCAGCUCCUUCGGGCAAGGCUUUUGUCGUCGGAGAUAAUUAUGGAUGGACCCUGAACUUUGAUUACCAAGCAUGGGCAAUGGGAAAGGAAUUCGUUGUAGGAGAUAAACUUGUUUUCAGAUACCCAGUGGGAAAACAUAAUGUAUUUAGAGUAGAUGGAACUGCAUUUCAACAAUGUACUAUUCCUCCUACUAAUGAAGCUCUAACUACCGGAUACGACGUGGUCACCCUAGCAACCCCAGGGAGGAAAUGGUAUAUUUGCGGUGUCGGAAAGCAUUGUGACAUGGGUUUAAAGCUUUUCAUCAAUGUGCUUCCCUAUCCAACAUACCCGCCUCCUCCAUACCAUCGACUAUGGAAUUAG